CAUAUCGCUAAUGUCUUAACCCAGGUACCCCAGAUCGCUUGAUUGAGAGACAUCUGUUCAUCCGCGAUGACCUCACACGUGCGAGUCAAGUGACUGCAGCACGACGGUUCUCUUGGCGUCGGCUUCCGCGGAGCAUAAAAAGCGGUGGAUGGGGAAGCCAUCUCACCUCAUCCACCAAAAAGACUCGCUGCGAUGCUCGCCCACGUCCUAGCCCUUCUGCCCGUGAUCGCUGCCGUGCCGCUCAAGCGCGACAACACGACUCCGGCGCCCGCGCCGAUGUCGCUGCGCCACGACCUCGCCCACUUCGACUUUACGCCCAUCACGCAGAUCUCGCUCGGCCCGCGCCCCUACUACCUCGUGGACGACAUGUCGCCGUCGCCGCUCAAAGACCAGCUGACGCAGUGCAAGGAGCAUACCCAGAAGACGUCCAAGUGGUCGAUCGGGCACCGUGGCGGCGGCACGCUCCAGUUCCCCGAGCACACGGUCGAGUCGAACCUGGCGGGCGCGCGCAUGGGCGCCGGCAUCCUCGAGUGCGACGUCGCCUUCACCAAGGACUUGCAGCUCGUGUGCCGCCACUCGCAGUGCGACUUGCACACGACGACCAACGUCGUCGCCAUCCCCGAGAUGAACGCCAAGUGCACGCAGCCGUUCGUGCCCGCGAACGGCACGGCGCCGGCCAGAGCCAAGUGCUGCACCGCCGACUUUACGAUGGACGAGCUGCGCACGCUGUGCGCCAAGAUGGACUCGAGCUACGCCAACGCCACGACCCCCGAGCAGUACCUCGGCGGCGUGGCGCCGUGGCGCACGACGCUGUACAACCAGUGCGGGACGAUCAUCAGCCACCGCGACCACAUCGCAAUGACACUCGCCCUCGGCCUCGACUUCACGCCCGAGCUCAAGACCCCCGAGGUCCCCAUCCCCGAAGGAUACAGCCAGGAGGCGUACGCGCAGCAGCUCGUCGACGACUACCGCGAGAUGGGGGUCGACUUUUCGCGUGUCUGGCCCCAGAGCUUCCUCUACGACGACAUCCUCUACUGGCUCAAGGCGGAGCCCAAGUUCGCCAAGCAGGCGCUCUUCCUCGACGAGACAGGCGAUAACGGCAAGCUGGCGAAUGCGACCGCCGCGCUCAAGGGCCGCAAAAAGGACGGUGUCAAGUGGAUCGCACCGCCCACCAGCUACCUCCUCAAGGCGGUGGACGGGCGUCUCGAGGCGUCCGAGUACGCCAAGGAGGCCAAGCGCCUUGGGUUCGGAGUCGUUGCGUGGUCGCUAGAGCGCUCGCCCCCCCUUGCAAAGGUCAAGGGCGACUACUACUACGAGAACUUUGACAGCGCUAUCACCCGCGACGGCGACCUGUUUGUCGUCCUCGACGCGCUUAAGAACGUCGGCGUUGACAAGGUCUUCUCGGACUGGUCGGCCGCGACCACCUUCUACGCCAACUGCAUGGGGCUGUAGUAGUACACAUUAUAAUAAUGGUAGAUGAACAUUGAAUGGGCAGCGUAU